GCCGCUGGGCGGCUGGGCAACCGGACGUGGUUGCUGCUGAGAUCAGUUCCGGCGGGUGACGGUGCGGACGGGUCAGAAGCGUAGAGGCGGCGGCAAAAUGGCGGCGCCGGAGGAACGGGAUCUAACCCAGGAGCAGACAGAGAAGCUGCUGCAGUUUCAGGACCUGACGGGCAUCGAGUCCAUGGACCAGUGCCGCCGCGCCCUGGAGCAGCACAGCUGGAACAUUGAGGCUGCUGUACAGGACAGACUGAAUGAGCAAGAGGGCGUACCCAGUGUUUUCAACCCCCCUCCAUCUCGACCCCUGCAGGUGAACACCGCUGACCACAGGAUCUACAGCUAUGUCGUCUCAAGACCACAGCCAAGGGGGCUGCUCGGAUGGGGUUAUUACUUGAUAAUGCUUCCAUUCCGGUUCACCUAUUACACGAUACUCGAUAUAUUUAGGUUUGCUCUUCGUUUUAUACGGCCUGACCCUCGCAGCCGGGUCACUGACCCCGUUGGGGACAUUGUUUCAUUUAUGCACUCUUUUGAAGAGAAAUAUGGGAGGGCACACCCUGUCUUCUACCAGGGAACGUACAGCCAGGCACUUAACGACGCCAAGCGGGAGCUCCGCUUUCUCUUGGUUUACCUCCACGGGGACGACCACCAGGACUCCGACAGCUUCUGUCGCAACACCCUCUGUGCCCCAGAAGUGAUAUCCCUCAUCAACACCAGGAUGCUCUUCUGGGCGUGCUCCACGAACAAGCCCGAGGGAUACAGGGUUUCGCAGGCUUUACGGGAGAACACCUACCCGUUCCUGGCCAUGAUUAUGCUGAAGGACCGGAGGAUGACUGUGGUGGGGCGGCUGGAAGGCCUUAUCCAGCCCGAUGACCUCAUUAACCAGCUGACGUUUAUCAUGGAUGCAAACCAGACUUACCUGGUGUCCGAGCGCCUGGAAAGGGAAGAGCGGAACCAGACCCAGGUGCUGCGGCAGCAGCAGGACGAGGCCUACCUGGCCUCUCUCAGGGCUGACCAGGAGAAAGAGAGAAAGAAACGGGAGGAGCGCGAGCAGAAGCGGCGGAAGGAGGAGGAGGUGAAACAGCAGCAGCUGGCAGAGGAGAGGCGGCGGCGGAAUUUGCAGGAGGAAAAGGAAAGGAAGUUGGAGUGCCUGCCCCCUGAGCCUUCCCCUGACGACCCUGACAGUGUCAAGAUCAUUUUUAAAUUACCUAAUGAUUCUCGAGUAGAGAGGCGGUUCCACUUCUCACAGUCGUUAACAGUAAUCCACGACUUCUUAUUCUCCUUGAAAGAAAGCCCUGAAAAGUUUCAGAUCGAAGCCAACUUCCCGCGGCGGGUGCUGCCCUGCAUCCCUUCCGAGGAGCGGCCCAACCCCCCCACACUGCAGGAGGCCGGACUCAGCCACACAGAAGUCCUCUUUGUGCAGGACCUCACAGACGAGUGACGCUUUUUCUUCCUGUCCCUCCCACCUCAACUCCUAAAAGAAUGGGGGGAACAAGAGAUAUUAUUAUUAAAUACAAUAUUUUUUUUAAUAACUGCUGCAUUCUAAAGGAAGGAUCAGAAACUGUGAGGGCAGUGAUGAGUGCUCCAGCUGGCAGCCCACCUUCCCCUCCUGCCCCUGCCCACGGGAGGAGGUGCUGCCGCCAGCCCCGCCGGCAUCCCCGUGGGGAAGGGAACCUUCCACUGGUUCUCAUUCGUUCUUGCUUUUAUGGAAAAUAAAAGUGACAAACCUCCAUCAACCAGCUACUGCAGCAUCUCCUAAGGACUUGCCUCUCCUGGCUCCGGGAAUGAGAGGGGAGAGAAGGUGCGGAGCAGAGGUGUUCCUUGAACUUCCCACAAUUUAUGAAUAACUUUUAAAUUGUUUUUCUGUUGCUUUGUAAUGACCAAAGGAAUGAGGCUGACGUAGGUGUAUUUUCUUCCUUUACUUGAUAAAGAGCCAAUUUUUAAACCCACGACAUGAUUUCACGCCCUUGGCUCCUUGGCCCGCAAGAGUGUGACAAAGGUGCCCCGGGCUGGUGUAUUUAUUUCUGCCAUUGCCCCUCGAGUUCUCAGAGAGGGCGUUCUUUUUGGUCCAACUCUUGCUGCCCUUCCUUGUCACCUUGCACCCCACUUGGAGCAUUGGGGAGGAAGUCUGGGUUUGCAGCCCCAGCAGAGGCUGUGUGCAGAUGCACCCACACGUGCACACUCACCUGUACACGCGACUGUGGCUGUUCCUUGGGAUCUGGGCUGGGUGGUUACCACGGGGUCUGAACCAAAGGGUAGCAGCUCUUCCUUUCUCUUGUGACAUGUGCGUGCCGCGCUGCCUGGCCCUGGGCUCCCCUGAACUGCUGAGCUUGGUGCCUUCCCAGAGGACCAGCAGGGCCAGGGUGGAACCAGCAGACCCCUGUGCGAGUGCCUGCCUGUCUUGGCGGGCAAGAGUUGCGGUGCGGGAGGUGUGUUCAGGGUAGAGAGACUAGAGGCUUUGAGAAGGGAGCCCCGGCAGAACUCAGGCUUGUGAACUGUUAGACGGCAGAUUUCAGUUUCUGGUGUCGCCCCUGCUGGAGGCAGUCUUCACCCUCUUCCUCUUCCUGUGUUGCAGUAAUAGGGUUUUUUAAAUCUGCUGUCCCGUCAGUGGUUGAGUUUAUGGCGAUGGGCACGUGGGGCAGGCCAUGUGUUAAUGGACCCCAGCGUGAGCUGACAGGUGUUCCAAGGUGCUCUGUGGCCAGACUGCUGCAGACUCAUCGUGACACUCAAACCCACUGAAGAUGUUGGUCGUAGUGUGCCAUGAGGCUGAGCAGUUCGUGUCGAGAGGAAGCUUAACUUUCUGGAUUCACAGCAUCCAGAGCCUUUCUCUGUUGUUCAACUCAAACCUGCGGUCCGCUCUUAAGCAGCAGCAACUUGGCCACUGUUCUUGGCUGCCUCAGUGGGUGGGUGACACUCCAGGGGCAGGAGCCAGUGUCACCUGAGGAGCCUCAGAAUUUCCCAGGGGCUUUGGUGUGGGUUUCUAGGACACUGGCUCUGGAAAACUUCAUUCUCCUGGGAGCUUGUGAUUCCACUUCGUUCCUUGCUGUCCCGAGGCCACAGGAGCAGGAUCUCGCUGUGUCGUAACAUGUAUCUGCAGUGAGUGCCAGGGUGAAUGGUGUUCCUACUCGCCAGUCGGCUCCCUGCUGAGAGCUAUGCAAAGCUGAAUGUUUCCCCAGCACUCAGAACCGCUGCCGCCCCCCCCCCCCGCCCGGCCCCCACCCGCCUCAUGCUGUUCUAGGGCAGUCCCCAGUCCCGGGAGGGAAGGCAGGACCUUCACUCCGCUGGGUGUGCUGUCUUGCCCGUACUUCUUUGGGAAGUUGUACAUUGUUUUCCUUAAUAGAUCAGCCUGCAUCCUACUCUACAAUGUGCACUUUACGCCUCUUGCCUUUUGCUAACUUGUUCAGUGAAGGAAGUCAGACACCAGAAUAUUAGAAACGUUCUGUUUUUGUUGGUACAACUCUUGGGACAACCUACACCUUUAGGUUUCCAGAGGCUUCCAAAGCACAUGCUCCUUCCCUAGUCCGUGUGAAACAGCCCAGACCCAGUCCCGUCUCCCUGUCCACCCCAGAGCUGCUGCCAGUGCGGGGAACAUACUGCCCUGGAAGAUGCAUGUGCUGCCAAUGCCAGUACAAUCCAUGUGUUCCUCCCAGAGCCUCUGGGACCCCAGUGGCACCUGCCAGGGGGGAGAUGCUGAGAGGCAGUGAUCUGCGAGCACUGGCUCUUGUUUCCAAGUCACCUCCGGGUGAUACCAGCUAUUUCCAGAUGGCAAGUCAUCAGCUAAGGGGAAACGCUUGUAAGUUUCCCUCUGUACUCCCCAGACUGAAGUUGUAGAUUCAGCUGCAUGACCGUGGGAAACGACUGAGCCAAGAGUCCCGGCUGGGGUUGGUUGGAUUUCUGCAGCCUCGGUGGGGGCCCUCGUGUUUUCUACUUCUGCAGAAUUUCCUGCAGCAAAUGCUUUUUUCUUCAUGCUCGCCUCCAGUGUGAUAUUUGGGUAAGGGGGCCAGGGGAGACUGUUUUUCUCUUAGAAAAAAAACAGUAGUGAGCAUGAAAGUUGUUAAUGGUGCCAAGGCCAAGGACAGAAUUUCAGAACAUGACAAUGGGGAGGAGUGGUAACCCCCAGGAUGCAAAGUCAGGGCAGUGUGUCUGGUGCUUGAACUUCACAGCAGUGGCUUGGACUUGUGUGGAGCGCAGCAACGGGAAGUCUGCCUACCGAGGACACGGUGCCCCAUCUUGGACCGCACCGGGACAGUCCCAUGUAACUGACUGAAGAAAUCCAGUGUACUUUAAAUUUUUUUCAUAAAAGUUUACAUUGUAUUGUAGGUUAACAUUAAAUGUUUUAUAACAAAA